CUAUCAAUCUUCUAAUUCGCUUGUUAACUGCUCCAAAAUUAUAAACUUUUUGCUGCAUUGCUAAAUAAAUUUCUAAUUUUGGGAGCAAAAUUUCCAUAUUGCAAUGGGGGAGAUUUUUUCGUGAUAAUAUCAUGCAACUGAUGAUACUGCGCCGCGUUGUUAAUCCGAAAAUCUCUUCCACCCUCUCAGUUUUGGGCCUAUCCGUUAAGGCUCUGCGGUUCACUGCACAAUCUCCGACCGGGCGUUUCUUCAGGCCUCAGCAGCUGAUCAGAAGCAUGGCGUCGUCAACGGACAGCAGAAACAAUGGAGGAGCGGCAUCAGAACAGCCACUGAAGAAUUCCUCAUCAGCAUCAAACCCUAAAGUUGAUAGACUUCAAGGGGUUGUACACUCAGACUCCACUGAUGGUUGGGAGAAAUGCUGGGAACAAGGAGUGACGCCAUGGGAUUUGGGGAAGCCUACUCCUGUACUUGCUCAUCUCCAUAGGGCAGGUGAACUUCCCAAAGGCAGGGCGUUAAUCCCUGGUUGUGGCAGUGGUCAUGAUGUGGUGGAAAUUGCAUGCCCUGAGCGCUAUGUUAUUGGCUUGGACAUAUCAGAAAAUGCUAUUAGAAAAGCUAAGGAGCUGUCUUUAUCAUCUCCAAAUGCAGAUUGUUUUGCUUUCCUGAAGGCAGAUUUUUUCAGUUGGCAUCCUGUUGAGUUGUUUGAUCUUGUUUUUGACUACACGUUCUUUUGUGCCAUUGAACCCGAGAUGAGACAAGCUUGGGCCAGCAAAAUUCAAGAUCUUUUGAAACCAGAUGGGGAGCUCAUAACACUGAUUUUUCCAAUUAGUGAUCAUGCGGGAGGCCCACCGUAUAAAGUAUCAGUCUCUGACUAUGAAGAAGUUCUGCAUCCACUGGGGUUCAAGGCAGUUUACCUUUCAGACAAUGAGCUGGCCGUUGGUCCUCGGAAAGGAAAGGAGAAGCUGGGGAGGUGGAAAAGGUCAAUAUGCCAAUCUUCACUAUGAUUGUUGCUCAAUCACUUCUGGGGAUUGGAGAAUUAUGCUUUUCUUUUUUUAUGUUAAAGUAGAACUUCACUAUUGAAAUGUACCAUAGAACACAGGAAAUUAAAACAGUGUCAUCUGUUGUUAUCUUAAGGCAUU